AUGGAAGGUGAAAUUGAGACAUUCAUUAAGGUAUGGCUUACAUCUACAAUAUGUCUAUGUUAUUGUUACUUCAUAUCUUCCAAAAUCCCAAAAGGCUUUUUAAGGUUUCUCUCUAUAUCUCCAAUUCUCUACCUCUUCAUCACCCUUCCUUUAAACCUCUCUUCCUUUCACCUUGGUGGCCCCACAAUCUUCUUCCUUGUUUGGCUUUCAUCUUUCAAACUCAUUCUAUUCUCCUUCAAUCAACCUCCUCUUUUCCCUCUCCCAAACACAGUCUUCCAUUUCAUUUCCAUUGCAUCACUCCCCAUUCACCCACAACAAAACCCAACAACAACUUUAUCACCUAAAAAACCGGGUUUGCCCCUUGUUUUUUUCAAGGUAGUUAUAUUGGUAGCAAUCAUAUGUUGCUAUGAAUAUAGAGAACACAUGCACCCUCAUUUGAUUUUAAUCCUCUAUUGCUGCCACAUGUACCUCGGUAUAGAGCUCGUCCUAGCACUUUCUGCUGCACCGGUUCGAACCGUGUUUGGGUUCGAAAUCGAACCACAAUUCAACGAACCUUAUUUAUCAACAUCGCUUCAAGAUUUCUGGGGUCGUAGGUGGAACCUCACGGUAACGCGUACGCUACGCCCUACCGUAUACAAUCCCGUCCGCCACGUUGUUUCAUCUUAUGUCGGCACAAUGUAUGCGACUUCUAUUGCCACGCUGGCAACUUUUGUUGUGUCGGGUUUAAUGCACGAGGUUAUUUAUUAUUAUCUUGCACGUGCGUAUCCCACGUGGGAAGUCACGUGGUUUUUUGUGCUUCAUGGUGUUUGUACUUCUGUUGAGGUUGCGGUUAAGAAGAUUGUUCUCCGCCGUGGGUGGAGGUUGCACCGUGCCGUGUCGGGUUUGAUUACGGUGGCGUUUUUGGCGGUUACGGGGAAUUGGUUGUUUUUCCCUCAGUUGAUUAGGAAUGGUGUUGAUAGGAAGGGUAUUAGAGAAUAUGAAGUUAUUAUGGAUUUUGUGAAAGAUAAGUUACGUGCAAUUACAUUUGUUUAG